AAAUGAAAAAAAAUGCUAUACCACUUUUGGAGACUUUUUUGAGUUCCCAUUUGAAAAGGCACUUUGCUUGGCAACAACCAACAAGUAAUUAGCUAGACACAAAGAGUAGUGGUAUACCAUAAGCAAUUCAAACACGAGUUUAGUUUCACAAGAACAUGUUUCAACCCUUUGGAGCCAAAGUGUGCAAAUUACCAAGAGAGAGACCACAUAGAGAGAGAAAUCAAGAAGAGUAAAUAGAGAGAGAGAGAGAGAGAGAGAGAGAGAGAGAGAGAGAGAGAUGUUGUUGAAUAAAGGAUCAAUUGAUUUGGUAUUAGUCCCUAGUGGCCUUGUUAUCAUGUUUGGGUACCAUCUCUUCCUCCUCUACCGGAUUCUGCGGUGUCCACACACCACCGUAAUCGGAUACGAGAACCAUAACAAGCGAGCCUGGGUAGAGAGGAUGUUGCAGUCGAUGCCGGAGGAGACGGGCAUUGCAUUGCAGGUGAUAUCGAGCAGCCAGACGGCGUCCACGAACCUCGCCUCGCUCUCCAUCGCGCUCGGCUCCCUCAUCGGCACCUGGGCCGGCGGCUCGACCUCGAAAACCCUCAUGGCCGAGGUGGUCUACGGCGACACGAGCCAGUCCACGGCCUCCGUGAAAUACAUUUCCCUCCUCGUCUGCUUCCUCGCUGCAUUCACUUGCUUCAUCCACUCCGCCCGAUAUUUCGUUCAUGCCAGCUUCUUGAUCAGCACGCUCAACUCAGACAUCCCGGUCAGCUACGUCCAAACCGCGGUAAUACGUGGUGGUAACUUCUGGUCGAUGGGGCUCAGGGCGUUGUACUUCGCGACUGCCUUAUUGCUGUGGAUCUUCGGGCCGAUUCCGAUGUUUGCGUGCUCGGUGUUCACGGUGGCGGUGCUGCAUAUGCUGGACAGUAAUUCGACGCCGCUGCACCAAUUCCGGUUCGGCGCGAAUAAGGCGGCCGGAAUAGUGCGGAGGCCGACGGCAAGGCCUGCACCAAGUAAUGUGCUCAGCAAUCCAGUGUUCUCUCCUCCUGUUUCUUACCUAAGCUGAGAUCUUUACUGGGCUUAUAUAUGCAUUUGUUGAUAAAUAUAUAUUUUUUUAGCUUUUGUGAGAGAAAAAAAAAAAAAA